UGGAGGUUGAAGACUCUUAAUCUUUGAUUGAACUUUCCUUGGGACAAAAAAUCACUAUUUUUAGGCCUUUGGACUUCUGGUUAUUUCUAAACAUUCACUACUUGAAAUUGGGAUUUCUGUUUUGAAAGUUUUGACUAAUAAACAACCUAAAACAUCCUUAGCCAAAUUUUAUGUUUUUGAAGUGUAAUUUAUCUGCAAUUCAGCUUGGUUCUGAAUGUUUAGUUCUCUCACAAACUUGCCAGGAAUGAUCAAAAUAGAGUUAUAGACCGCUUAGAAUGAUCUCUUCCUCAAUCUUAGAAUGUAAACUAUAUUAUCUGAGUCUCCACUCUGCAUUCUCGUCUUCUCAUCAAGCAACGCUACUAAUAAGCCUCCUAACAAUUAUUUUUUUACUUAAAAUCAUAAAAAUCUUACCUCGAUACUCCCAAUUUCUAAACCCCUCAUGCUAG